GCCCAUUCAAGUCACCGGUGAUAAAGCGACCAAUCGGACGAAGGCAGCGAAUUUAAAAAGGAGCCGCGGUUUGGUAGAAGAGAUUUCUUUCUGCUGUUCGUAUCAUAACAACUUGUGUGAGAGAGAGGAAGCUACCAGCGACGUUUAGCACAACUGAGAUACAAUGGCCAACAUAAUCUUUGCAGAACGAGAAAAUGCAUGUCUCCAUCCACCUACUCUGAAGAUGCGACAACGGCUUCAGUCUGCUCCAGAGAAACUCUUGAAAUCUCCUAUGACUGCCAAAACCUUUAACACUCCUCUGCCAUCUGGUCGUAAAGCUUUUGGUACUGUCAACAAAAAAAUCUCAACCCCUGCUGUCAAUCCACAAGAGAAGCAGCGCCUAAAGCCCCAGGAAACUAAAGUCAAACAUGCUCCUCAGACCAAACCGGAGCAAUAUCCAGAAAUUGAGAAGUUCAUCCCUUAUGACCCACUAGAGUUUGAGAAGUACAGUGUACCUGAAGACUUGAUUCCUCUCAGUGGCUUUGCUCUGCCUGGUCUGGCCUGUUUUUCACAAGCUCCACUUCAGUGUGAGGAUGACCUGGAUAAGUUUGAUCCACUCCCAAACCUGUCACCUGUAAAGAUGCCAAAAUAUUCAGUACAACCAAGCACUGAGGUGACUUGGUAUGGAUAAAAUCUCCAGUAUGCAAUUCCCUGUUGGGAUGUUUGUGUAUUUCUGGAAGAAUUGUAUGGAUGAAGGAAGCAGAUGGAAUUCUGUUGUCAGAUACUUGACAAAUCAGUAUCACAUUUAAGGAAAUAAUAAAAUUUAAAUUUCAGUCCUGCUGUAAAAUAAUCCUCACUGAUUUUUGCAGCAUUUUUUUGUGACAUCAAAUACCACCAGAUAUUAAAAAUAUAGUGAAAUCUGCCAA